GGUAGUUCUCUUAUAAAAAUGUAGUACUGGGCAGUAUUAAAUUAACCAGUAAUUGUUACUUAUUUUGAGUACAUUUAAAAGUACGAACUGCUUUUAAUACUCAAAAUAAAUAUUACUUACUGGCCAAUUUAAAACUAAUAUUACAUCUUUAUAAGAAUUGCGUAACAAGAGACCGCGUCAAGCCUCGUUUACAGUAGUCGCAAGCACCCAGCGACAGCCAAUGACUGUCGAGCUUGAAUUAGGCGCUCAUUGGCUGUCGCAAAUCGCAAGUCGCAAGUCGCGACUAUUGUAGACGAGGCAUUACAGAAAUCGUGCGUUGUCGAUGCGUUCGCGACACAAGGAAUGAAAUGUUAUCAAUCAGGAAAGUACUUACAAUUGUUACGUUCUUUUGAUAACGAGAAGGCUAUUUUUUUCUAUCUGCGAUGAAAAUGUCGUUUACACUUUUUCAGCAGCGCGAACGAAUUCCAUCGCGUUACUUUCAUCGUGUUUUCAUCAACCUGCGAGCUCGAUUGAUCCCGGCGAUUUGUGACGACUAUUUCGAAACAGAUUCGCCUCGCGUGAUUUAAUCGUAUAAAAUGGAAAUAUCACCCGUAGGACGAGAGGUUGUUGGGUAUCAUUUCAUUUCGGCGACACUUUGUCCCUUUAGCGCCGGGAAUAUGUAGCGUCGCGUCGCGAAUUUUUUUCUUCGAUUUGCGAUUUUCUCCGUUUCUAAAUUUUAACCGCGAAAUAAUGCACGAUCGAAUCACCGGUCGCGGAAUGAAUUCGCGUAACGAAGAGCCGGGAUGCGCCAAUCGUAUAUAAAACUCGAGUAUUCCGUAGGAUUUAUGCGUCGAGAUAAUAGUGUACUGCGCGCCAUAUUAAAUUUCAGUUCGCCGUGAACCGACUCACGCUCCGUGUCGCGCGGCAUCGGAGUGAAGUUGCUCACAUUCGAAUCUUCCGGUAGCGAGCGGUGGAGAGCGGAACUCGUCGCGACGGAACGACGGAAGGCGUCACGACGCGGUCAUAAUCGACAUGCAUAAUCGCGAUUAAACUCGCAUCGUAGUGCCGUACCGGAAGACUCGCCGUCCGCGCGUCGGCAGCUCGCUGUAAAAACAACGUAAAUCGCGGAAAAGAUUCAUCAAAAUCCAUCGCGUGUGUCGGCUGCCGGUAUUCGAUCUUAACCGACAUGCUCAUUUGUGUUUACGUCACGACACGAGAUGGCAAUCGCGAGCGCAUCCUCAUUUUCUUUUAUCCGGAAACGCGGAAACCGGACGGAGGUAGAGGUUAGGUUAGGUUAGGUUAGAACGGGAGGGACGCGUCGUCCGCCGAAAAAGUUGGAGCAUGAAGUUGACUGCGCGAUUUCCCGUAGCUGGACGCCGCGAGUGCAUACCGAACGGGAUCGCGACGUUAAUCGUACGAUUUUAUUCGCAUUGCCCUUUCGUCUCUCGGCAUAACAAAGUGCGCGAUUAACGUCGGGAGUGCCGCGCAAAGUGCCGCGCGACCGUCGUACCUUGCUAAUUAGCACCCGCGCGCGUAAUUUAGUCGUCGUGAACGUGUGGUUUGUGUGACGAGCGAAGAUGCAACCGGCAGGGAGCGAGAGAAGCAGAGAGAGAGAGAUAGAGAGAGAGAGAAGGAUCAGCAAAAGCCUGGAAGGCAUCAGGCGACGGCGGAGCAACCGCAGGGUCAAAUGUUGCAUCUACAACUCCGCCGCUGCGCAUCCGGUGCCGUUAUCCGAGAUGCAGCGGGGCGAAAGCACCCGGUUUAGCGGCGGACAUGCACUUCCGGGACAACGUGAUCGCAUUCAUCGGGCCGGCUUGCGCCUUCGCCCUGGAACCGGUGGCACGUCUCGCGGCCUACUGGAAUACUCCAAUUAUCACUGGCAUGGGUGAUCAACCUCCCUCGGAGAGCGAACUGUCAGUUACAUCUGGUAUUCUUGGAAGAAUUCAUAAAUGGAAGAACGAAUCGUCGGGAAUUUUCAAAGACAAAAGCAAGUAUCCCACUUUAACGAGGAUGUCAUACUGCCAGUGCCGAUUGCGGCUCGUCUUCGCCAGCGUGUUCAAGGAAUUCGGUUGGUCCCACGUUGCUCUAAUACUGGACAGGUCGGAUUUGUUCUCGUUGACGGUAGGGAAGAAUCUGGAGUACGGUCUGCGUAAGGACGGGCUCCUGAAGUUCGUGAAGGAGCUGGACGGGAACUCCGAGGACGAGUCGUAUCACCUUUAUCUGCGCGACGCGAGUAUGUACGCGAGAAUCGUGAUCCUCAGCGUUCGCGGAACACUAGUCAGGAAAUUUAUGCUGGCCGCCCACGAAUUAGGGAUGACGAGAGGGGACUGGGCUUUCCUCGACGUCGAGAUCUUUCAUGGUUCCUAUUGGGGCGAUCACGACUGGGAGGUCGGGGACGAGGACGACGCCAAUGCCAGGAAGGCUUACGAGGCCCUGCUGAGGGUGUCUCUCCUUCAGCCGACCAGUCCGAAGUUUCAGGAUUUCGCCGAUAGCGUCAGGCAACGCGCGCAAACCAAUUACAAUUACACGUUUUCGGAGGGCGAAGAAGUAAACUUCUUCGUCGGAGCAUUUUACGACGGUGUUUACUUGUUAGGGAUCGCGCUGAACGAGACCCUGGCCGAAGACGGAGAUAUCAGGGACGGCAUAUCUAUAACGAGGAGAAUGUGGGAUCGGGACUUCAUGGGUAUUACGGGUCACGUUAGGAUAGAUGACGAUGGGGAUCGUCACGCGGAUUACAGCAUCCUUGAUUUAGAUCCUAUUACCGGAAGGUUCGAAGUGGUCGCUCAUUAUUUGGGAUUAAAUCGAGAAUACAGUUCUAUGAGCGGCAAGAAGAUACACUGGCCGGGAGGAAGGGAAGGACCCCCGCCGGACAUUCCGGAGUGCGGUUUUUUAGGAAACGAUCCGGAUUGCACCUCGAGGAGAGAAGCUUACACGUUUGUAGCUUACACGGGCAUAGCGCUCGCCGUGUUUCUGCUCGCUGCGAUUACAGCCGCGUGUCUUUUAUACAGGCAUUUGCGUUUGUCCGCCGAUCUCAAUAACAUGUCCUGGCGUGUAAGACCCGAGGAAUUGCUCCUGGAAGUCGGGAAACAGUUCUCGUCGAAGAUAAAUCUACACCAAGCGAUGACCGACGCGAACAAUUACGGAUUAGAACAGAGGAUACGUCGCGGUUCGCAAAUUAGUUGCGAAUCUCUGCCGCCUACGACGGUCUUCACCACCAUCGGAAUAUACAAGGGCGAGAGGGUGGCUAUCAAGAAGAUCACGAAGAAGAAAGUGGUCGACGUGACGAAGAAGUUGCUCUGGGAGAUCAAGCAGGUCAGGGACGUCACGUCGGAGAACACCGUGAGAUUCAUCGGAGCUUGCCUCUGUUCGCCGUCGCCGACUGUCUUAAUCCUUACCGAAUACUGUCCCCGAGGAUCGUUGAAGGAUGUUUUAGAAAACGAGGCGAUCAAGCUGGACUGGAACUUUCGUAUGUCCCUGAUCCACGAUAUCGCCAAGGGAAUGUCUUAUCUUCACGCCAGCGAGGUCUCCGCUCACGGAAAAUUACGAUCGUGCAAUUGCCUGAUUGACGGUCGCUUUGUAUUGAAAAUCUCCGACUUUGGCCUCAAAACUCUCACCACGCCCUCCGACUUAAUUAUGGACGAGAGCUAUUACACCAAAUUACUUUGGAUUGCCCCGGAACUCUUACCGUUGACGGUAACACCCGGAUGCGCCGCGACACAGAAGGGCGAUGUUUACAGCUUCGCGAUUAUCCUCGAGGAGAUAGUGGUCCGCGGCGGUCCGUACGAGGUAGCCAGGACCUUUAUGACGGCGCAAGAGAUCGUGAACAGGGUAUCGGCAUCGGAGAAUCCUCCCUUGAGACCGGAAGUCACGCCGAAGGACUGUCCGCCGGACAUACUGUCGUUGAUGGAGAGAUGCUGGCACGAAGUCCCCGACGAACGGCCCAGCUUCCAUGCGAUUCGCGGCACGAUACGAGGAAUCAUGAAAGGAUAUUGCGAGAAUUUAAUGGAUGAUCUGCUACGACGGAUGGAGCAGUACGCCAACAACCUGGAGGCCCUCGUCGAGGAGAAAACCGAACAGUUGAGCUUGGAGAAGCGUCGCAGCGAAGAAUUGCUGUAUCAAGUGCUCCCGAGGCAAGUCGCCGGACAGUUGAUGGCCGGGGAAAUGGUACAACCGGAGCAAUUUGAAUGCGUUACCAUCUACUUCAGCGAUAUCGUCGGUUUCACGGCGUUAUGCGCGCAGAGCACACCUAUGGAAGUCGUGGACUUCCUAAAUGACUUGUACAGUACCUUCGACAGUAUUAUCGGAUUUUAUGAUGUUUACAAGGUGGAGACUAUAGGAGAUGCGUAUAUGGUAGCGUCUGGUCUUCCGGAGAGAAAUGGCGACGAACACGCGAGAGAGAUUGGGCUGAUGGCUCUAGCGAUAUUGGAUGCUGUUAGAUCAUUCACAAUAAUCCACAAGCAGAACACUCAGCUGAGCGUGCGAAUCGGCGUGCACAGCGGUCCGGUUUGCGCUGGGGUGGUUGGUCAGAGGAUGCCGCACUAUUGCCUCUUCGGCGACACCGUGAACACGGCCUCUCGAAUGGAAUCCUCCGGUCUUCCUUUGAGAAUACAUGUCUCCGAGGCGGCGAAGAAUAUUCUGGACAAAUUCGGGACGUUUGAUCUCGAGCUCAGAGGGGAAGUGGAAUUAAAGGGAAAAGGUAGGGUGACAUCUUACUGGUUGACCGGUUGCUCGGAGCCUGACUCGAGGUUGGCUGUGCCAAAGUAUCGCAGGCUCAGUAGCAGUCAACCCGAGAACAAUUUAAAUCCACUUAUCUUUCCGCCAAAUAACACGAACGGCCCGAAAACUAGCAACAACACCUUUAUCAACUUAGCAGAAUUAUAA